GCCAGUUCCCACAUGCUUGUGAAAAAUCGUACUGAGCUUUCAAACAAGAUUGCGGGUGCUGUGAGGAGGGAAGAGGGCAGUUAUCUCACAUGUUUAUGUGGUUCUGACUAUGCUGCUGCUGGUAGCACUGGGCAUAGUCAUUUCUUCCACCAUGGUCAAUGCUGAGGAGGCUGAGGAAACGGGCCACAAACCACCAGUGCCACUACUCAACUACAGCAGCCUGUCCUUGCCGCCAGAACAUAUACCCUACUUCCUCUACAACAACAAGAGAGUGGCCAAGCUGUGCCGUCUGGACCCACUCUGCCCUUUUAAAGAUGCCUUGUUGGAUUUGUCUGGCUGUUGGGGUUAUGAGAAGAACUGUGAUUUAGAGAAGCAGCUUAGUUAUCCUGUCUGCACCAAAGUUGACUCUGGAUGGGCCCGCUCAGUGGAAGCAGCCCAGGCACUGUUCUGGAAGCAGGGUGACUUUGGCUACAUCAAAGAGCGCCUCUCUGAGAUGAAGACUCUGUGCAAGGCCACCAAGCCUGGAGACUCCUCAUUGAGAUGCAGCAGCCACCUUCGGUUCUGUAAGGCUACCAACCUUUAUUUGAACUUGCGGAACCCUCGGAGAAGUCACGAAAGAUAUAAGGAAGACUUUAUUCAAACGGGGGAGAUUGGUGGCCAUUGCAGUCUAAACAAGAGAGCGCUGGCUACUGAAGGAAACCACAAGAGUCCACUGCAAUCUUGGUAUGCUGAACUGCAAACAUACACAGAAUUGGACUACCAUCCUAUAGAAGAUGGACACUGUGACCUCAUCAUCGAAAAACCCACUGUUUUCAUGAAACUCGAUGCUGGAGUGAACAUGUACCACCACUUCUGCGAUUUUGUUAACCUAUACAUGUCCCAGCACAUCAACAACUCUUUCAGUUCAGACAUCAACAUUCUCAUGUGGGACACAAGUUUUUAUGGUUAUGGAGAUCUCUUUAGUGAGACAUGGAAGGCCUUCUCGGAUAAUGACAUUAUCCACCUGAAAACCUAUGACUCUAAGAGAGUGUGUUUCAAAGAUGUCUUCUUCUCGCUUCUUCCAAGGAUGAGAUAUGGCCUGUUUUACAACACUCCUCUGAUCUCAGACUGCCACAGUGAAGGGAUGUUCAGGGCUUUCUCCCAGCACAUACUCCAUAGACUCAGGAUUCAACAGGAAGGACCCAAGGAGGGGCGUGUACGUGUCACCUUGCUGGCACGCAGCACAGAAUACAGAAGGAUAUUAAAUCAAGUAGAGCUGGUUAAUGCCCUGAAGACCGUGCCUCUACUGGAGGUCAAUGUGGUGGACUACAAAUACAAGGAUGUUCCGUUCUUGGAACAGUUGAAGAUAACCCACAACUCUGACAUCUUCAUAGGGAUGCAUGGGGCAGGCCUUACGCACCUCCUCUUCCUCCCUGACUGGGCUGUCAUUUUUGAGUUAUAUAAUUGUCAGGAUGAGAGCUGCUAUCGGGAUUUGGCUCGGCUGCGAGGCAUCCGAUACGUGACUUGGCAGAAAAUGGACAAAGUGCUCCCACAGGACAAGGGUCAUCACCCCACACUGGGGGACCAUCCUAAGUUCACCAACUACUCCUUCAAGGUAGAGGAGUUCAUGCGACUAGUGCUGGAGGCAGCUGACUAUGUCACACAGCACCCCAAAUGGCAGCACAGACCCCACCACGAUGAGCUCUAGAGGCUCAAAAAGGGGACGAGGACAGACGUCUUCCCGUUAGGAAGUUCAAGGCCACCAUUCACAAACCUGAGAAUGCUGUUUUUUGUGAUCAAAACAAGUAUGGACAUUGGAGCGACGAGAUGUUUGUGUUUUAUUUAUUCUGUAUGUUUUUGCAACUGCUGGUGUGUCCCGGUGGCCCAGCAAAGUGUCUGUCUCCUCUUCUCCCUCCCCCUCCCCCCACACUUUCAUGAUUGGCCAGGAUAAGGGAUCAUUCACCAGUCCCAUUACUGUCAGAUCAGUCUAAGGACAAGAUGCAAGUAGUCAAAGCAUCUGGAGAGCAGUGUGACACACUAUGUUUCUUCAUUAACUCUACGGUGUCUGCUUCACUCCGUGAUGACAAAGUUAGCUAAUGGGCAACUGUCAGUGUGGCUCUUCAGAUGCGACAUCCCGACACAUUUGAUCUGUGUCAACUUGACAUGAACUGCUUUCUGUGCUGUUGCCACUCGCAUAUGAGUUUGUUAGCACCUUCAGCCUGCACUGGUCCCACAUGAUUUAUGCAAAGAAACUUGCAUUUAGCUAAGAAUUUGAUAACGGUUCUGUGUGAGGAGGAAUUAACAUGAAUUCAGGAAGUUCAUCAAGUUUUAUGUUGUACUUGUCGCAGACCAUUUUCACUCCAGAACAAGGCGAAAUAGAACAACGUAAAGCACUUCUGAUACCACGGGACAUGUUUUCUGAUGUGUUACUGUGUGUGCGUGGGCAUGGAUGUGUUUCUGUAUGUAUGUGUGAGUGUGUUUGUCCUCACUCAAUUAUUAGUACCUGAAAUUCAUUACCACACUUUAGUGUGAUCAUAUCACUAAUUGAAAACUGUGUUGAUUUUCCAGACAUAAAAAGCCCAGACUUUUACACUCCGCAGUCAGUACCUGAAUGUAUUGUAUGCUUUUCUGAAAUAUUAAUUGUUUGAUAGAGAAUGACAUCAGUGAAUGUCUUUUAAAGAAAAGAAUGCACAUAUCGAAGGACCUCACCGCUCAAAAAGGAGGUGUUCAGUAUGGCAUCCAUGACUUGUGGUGAGGUUACUCCACCAACUGUUAUCUUUUUAAAAGACUUGUUUAAUAUGUCUGCCUUUUUUUCUUUUCUUUUUUUUUUUUUUUACUGCAAACUGAUCUGAGUAGGAAUGAGUACAAAUUGCAUGCAAUCUGAUGCAACACACAGGAGUAAUUUAUGAGAUCAGAGGAUCAUUUCUCGUUUCUAGGCUUCUCUAUGAGCUUAAUGUUUUAUUUAUCA